AUGUCUGCAGAACCAAGUGAUACUCAACUCUUAGAAUCAAAAAGGCUUCUCCAUGCUAAUCGUGACCAGCUAUUUGAAAAUAUUGAAAAGGAGGUGGAAAAGGACUUGGUUGAAAUCAAUCAUUCAAAUUUUUUGAAAAACUUUCACCAAGUUAACUCUCCAAACUCUGUUGAACCCCAAUUAACAAACCUGUGGAUCUCUCAAAUUUAUACCUUUAUCUUACGGGAAGUUUUGAAAUUUGAUGAAAUGCGCUUUGCUGAGAAUAACAAGACUAAUGUCAAAUAUGUUGAGUGCGGUCCCUUCAGUUUUACUACCUUCAUAAAACUAUGGAAACUUCCUUUUUCCAUUGCAAGCUCAACCAAUGUUUCACUGAAAGGAUCAUCAAAUCAAUUGACCAGAAGACUAGCAGACAUAGAAAUUGGAAACUUUUCCAAAGUCAAUUAUGAAGGCUACUUGUUGAAAAACAUUAAACAAAUGGAGGAUGAAAUUUUUGAUAGGGUUAGGAAAUUGAACAUAAGCUCGUACAUAUCAGGAUUGCAAACUUUAUUGCAAUUAACUUCAGUUAUCUGCUUUGAUCGCCAUGAAUACCGGCUAGCUGCUGCUUCAGAGAAUGGUCUUGCAAGUGAAUUCUCUAUUCGAGUGAUACGCCCGGUGGUGGGAUUUCUUUCAUUGGUUUUCAGCAUAACAUUAACACACCACGAAGACAGUGGUUUAGGAUUUGGAAACACUUUACCAGGUGAUUCCUUGAAAAAUGAACUAGAAAGUUUAGGAGUUAGUAGUUCACAUAUUGACAAGGUUGUUACCAUGAAUCCUGGUUCUGCUAAUGAAGACGUGAGAGACAAAAAGGUUUUAUUUAUUGAACAUAGAAAAGCUCCAAUGGUUUCAAAAAUGGCUUCAACAGAUGAAUCGGAAACGAUAAAGAGUAUUUUGCUUCAAAUGUUUUCAUAUAAAGUCUGCUCAAAUGAGUUGGAAUGUGGUAUUGUUAAUGACCUCUCGGGCUCUUUGUUUGUUAUUUUUGAAUCAAAUAAUUUCAAGUAUACUGAAGAUGGGCUGUUUAGUUUGGAGAAUGUUCAAGUUUAUCAAGUUAACGAUGUUGAGUUUUUCCACCAGGUGAAUAAUAAGAAGCAGCAACUAAAUUCAAGAAUUCUUGUUUCAAUGAUGAUUUACAUGAAAAUAAAGAACUUUAUGAAAGAAGAUUGUGAGCAAAAGACAAUAACAAAUCAACCUAUUUCUGGUAUGAAAAUCAAAAUUAACCAGAAAAAAUAUAGUGAGCCACUCAAAGUCCUGCAUUCAAAGUUUAAUGAGUCCAUAGAAGCUUUGCAUCUAAAAAAGGAUGAGAAACUUUCAACAUUAAAAAGUGAUGAACCAUCAAAAGGGAAAAAGAGGAAACUCAUUAGCUCAAAAGAUGCAGCAAGUCGUAAAGCAAAGAGACACAAAGGUCUGAGACUGUGGGAUUUGUGCUUUAAUUGA